CUGCUCUACAUAAAUAACAAACACCAGCAGCAAUUCAAUAUUUCAAUAUAAACAUGGGAUCUGGAUUUUCACAGCAAGCAGAUACACAACAGCAGAGUGAAGGAUCACCCACACAUCAUGAUACGAAAACCGCAGGCAUAACGCGGUUACCUCAUGACUGUCAUGCCAUUCUAAAGGAUGCAGAUACCGCGAUCAACAUGUCAUCUAUGGACCCGCUCUAUGCUGGCCUGUUUUUGAGCAAAAAGAGGAAGAAAUAUUGGGUUGACAAGGCAUCACAUGGCAACUGCUUCUUGGUGUACGCGAGGGAUCUCUCGAUCACUUGGGGGGAAGACAACCGUUACUGGUGUUGGCCCUGCAUCAAAGAAACAAGUGAAGAAGUUGUGGAUGGUGCAGAAAUGAUAGAUGUUUGCUGGUUAGAAAUUCAUGGGAAAUUAGAGAUUUCCAAGUUAACACCGGGAAUUAAAUACGAGGUUGUAUUUGUGGUGAUGCUAAAAGACCCUGCUUACGGGUGGGAGGUUCCUGUCAAUGUGAGACUCAUUUUACCAGAUGGAAACAAGCAACAACACAAAGAAAAUUUGAUGGAAAAACCAAGAUCAACGUGGGUUGAGAUCCCUGUGGGCGAGUUUAUGGUACAACCAAAAAAAGAAGGAUUCGUAGAAUUCUCCUUGUAUGAAUAUGAAGGCGGGGCUUGGAAGAGGGGUUUACUGAUCAAGGGUGCAGCAAUUAGACCCAAACAUUGAAAACUGAAAGACGAAAAUACUAUUAAAAUUAGUGUUAUGUAUGAAUAAAAAAGUCUUACCGGUUGACUGUCUGUGUUACUUGAUAAUAAGAUACGGAUGUUAUGUCUUCUAUGUAGUUUACUACUUUCCGGAUAGAGGGUGGGUUGGAUGGAUUGGGCUAUGGUUCAAAACAAUGGGCACUGGUCGGAAACAAUUUUUCCAAAAUACUAUAUUUUUGAGCCAAAAAGUGUAGUAUAGCUAUGAACAAAAAAUAACAUUUUUGGAGUAAAGUACA